CAGCGAUUGGUUCAUUCCAUUGCCGUAAAGCUCCUCUGCGCCGUGACUGUCGCAGUGUCAGACAGUAAACAGCUUCAUUUCUCUAAAAUCCGAGUUUAUUAAUUUAGUUUUAUUUGUUUUGUUGUUGUUGUUUUGUUUUUUAAAGGUAGCUUUAGAGGCCGUUCGUUAAAAUGGCGGAGAGGUUUGAUAACCUGGAGGAGCACCUGGAGAAAUUCAUCGAGAACAUUCGACAGUUGGGAAUCAUCGUCAGCGACUUCCAGCCGAGCAGCCAGGCGGGACUCAACCAGAAGCUAAACUUCAUGAUAUCUGGCCUGCAGGACAUCGAGAAGUGCCGCCAGCAGCUGCAUGAGAUCAACGUCCCGCUGGAGGUGUUCGAAUACAUUGACCAAGGGCGAAACCCUCAGCUGUACACCAAGGAAUGUCUGGAGAGAGCCUUGGCGAGGAACGAGCAGGUCAAAGGAAAGAUCGACACCAUGACGAAAUUCAAGAGCCUUCUUAUCUCCGAGCUCAGCAAAGUCUUCCCCGAGGAGAUGUCCAAUUAUAAGGCUAUACAUGGUGAAGAUGCCCCCUCCUAGUAACUGCUGCACCACGACCCCUGACCUUCAACCUGUGACCCUUGAAAUGAAAGCCUGAGUUUGAGCAGGCAGGAUCCUCUGUGGUUGCCAGCAGAAUUUGACAAUAACCUGGUAUUGUUUUUCGUAAAUAUUACGUUGCUGAAACUUAAUUUAAAGAAAUGCAAAUCAACAGCAAGGGAGAAGCAGACAGGAGGAAUAAUUUAAUGUUGUUGCCACGAGACACAUUUGUUUUUAAUGUCCCUGCUGCUGCUGCAUGGACGCUGAGUACGCAAUUUCUAAAACUCCCAUCUGUACAUACGAAAAUAUUCAAGAGCUACAAGGUCUGAUUCUACAUUCAAAUAUUUACUCCAUCAGUUGUACAUACAGUAUAUUUAUACUCUUACACCUUUUGUAAUGCUUACUAAUCGUUGUGCGUCAUACAUUUGUAACACAGUUCAUGACAUUUUGUAUCAAGCUCAGGUUUCUCAUGGCCACGACUAUCGAAUGCAAAUGUUGUUUGAUGGUAAUUUUGUGCCUGAUCACUUGCUAUGGUCAGAAAUGAGUCUGCUCUUUAUUUGUAACUUGUUUGUAUUAUAAUUUUUGUUAUUAAAUGAUCCUUGUCGGACUGAU